AUGAUGAAAAAGUUUAAGGCAUUUUAUAACAAAGAUAAUUUUAACAUUUCAGAUGGAUUGGUAGAUCCAUAUAAAUAUCAUUGUACAUGUUAUUAUGUUUUAAAAUUCUUUCUAGUAUUGGAUAACGAACCUAAACCAAUAUGGAGAUAUUUAUCUGUUGUCAUUCUUGGUGUUACGACAUUGCUCGCUUUAUUUCUUCUGUCGGUAACCACAUCCUAUGGCGUUAGGGUAAACGAUUUGGCUACAAUAACGGAGGCUGGAUGUUAUUUCAUUAUCUUACUGUAUGAAAUACUAAUGCUUUUAUGCACUGUUAUAAAUUUACCUGAAUAUCGCAUAUUUUUGGAAACACUUCGAGAAGAUUUUAAAUUCGUAUGCACGGAUGGAAAAAAAUACAGAUCAAGGUUUUUCGCAAAUCAACUAAAGAUUUGGAAAAUGUGUAUUCUGUCUGUCGUGUUCACAAGUUUCAUUGGCAUCGGUGUGGUGUUUAUCACACUACUUUGGUUAUUUUGGUAUAUGGUGACUCACGAGCCAGGUGACGGGACAAGUCCUCCCCUUCUUUUCCCCUUCUGGUUCUUCGACGCCGAUUUCACCAAGGCACCGGCCUACGAACUGGCCUUUGUAUUCUCCAACUUCUGUUCUUUGGGAUAUGCUUACAGUUACAUAUUUAUGAUCCAAACACAGAUAUUUUGGAUUGGACAAAUAACAACAAAAGCGGAUCUAAUUAUAUGGUACAUUCAAGAUCUCAUGGAAGGACUUAAGAUACCGACUAAUAAAGAAGAAACUGAACAGUUUCAUUCUAAAGUCAAGUACAGAAUGGACAUGAUUGUACGCGAACAUCAGUCUAUGUACAGGCUUCUGGAAAACUAUACGAGAGUAUACAAAAAAUUACUUAUGUUUGAACAAAAAGCUGGUGGUCCUGUCGUUUGCUUGACCGCCUAUUGCAGUGCUGAGAAACUUAAAGACGGUGAAAUAAAUGGCAUUACAAUGUUACUGUGCGGUGGAACAAUUAUUGAAGUAUUUAUUCCCAGUUAUUUGAGUACAGUUAUGGGAUUGAAGUUGAGAUCUGUUGGCGAGGCUUGUUUGGAUAUACCCUUUUGGAAAAUUGGUAAUAUUAUACGACCUUACAUUAUUUUAAUAAUGCAAAGAUCGCUUCGACCGCUACAACUAAAUGCCCCGGGAUUCAAAGAUGUCUCUGUCGAGACGUUUUCUACGAAUAUGGCAUCCGCUUAUUCUUUCUUUAAUAUGUUAAGACAAACAAACAUUUAG